AUGCAUAAAUAUACAUAUGGUUCAGGAAUUGGCCUGGGUCUGAUGUUCUUACCGUCCAAGGUGAUAGUGAACCAGUACAUGGAGAAACGGCGAUCUCUGGCUAAUGGGAUAUGUUCAUCGGGAGGAGGCGCAGGAAUGAUGGCUUUCUCCACAAUGUUCCAAAUGCUCCACACAGCCUACGGUUUAAGGGGCAUGUUCCUGAUCUCUGGGGCGGUUGUACUCAAUGCUGCAGUUUGUGGAUCUUUAUAUCGUCCACGGAAUCAAGGACAGAGGGAAACAUCUCCUGUAUUACAGGGUUCUUCCGAACUGCAGAGUAAAAACAAAGCCUGCUGCAAGAUUGGCAUUUUUGCGGGUUUGAAGACAGUGGCUCUGCUGAAUGUUGUGGGCCUUGAGCACCUUGGCAAAGGUCUUGGUCUGCUGAUGUUUGCAGAAGGAUUUGCUGGAUUUGUUGGUUCCCCACUUGCAGGGUGGCUGUACGACAUUACGGGGACAUAUGCAUCGUCCUUCUACACAUCUGGGACUUUGUUUAUAUGCAGUGGUUUCAUGGUUUUAUCUCAAAUGAAACUUCAAAAUGUCUGUAAAAAGAGACGGCCGGAGAGAGCUGAUGCCGAAUUUACAAUGGUCAGUGUUGUUGACCCUGUGAAGCAUGAUGCCAGCAAGCCCGGAACGUCAUCGAAAGGAGAUGCAGUGAUGACAGCGAGCCUUGAACGUCAUCGAAAGGAGAUUCAGGAUGUGUGA